AUGUGGAACUGGAGUUUCACGGAUCCAAGCACGUCCGACGGAGAUAACGGCGAAAAAAGCGGUGCGAAUGACGGCAAUAACAACGCGAACGAUGGUCAAGGCCCCUCGGAUACCCAAGAAGUGCCCAGUGGGCAAGGAGGCUCAGGCGGCGGCGAUGGCACCGACGAGCCCCCCACGCAAGACGAGCCUUUUGUGGAUCAUUCACCCGCCGAACCGCCUGCUGCAACCGACGACCCGCCUGCUACAACCGAUGACCCGCCUAUUACAACCGAUGACCCGCCUAUUACAACCGAUGACCCGCCUGCCACAGCCGACCCGCCUGCUACAGCGGAUGAUCCGCCUGCUUCAACUGAUGAUCCGCCUGCAACAGACGACGCACCUUCGCCCAGUGAUGACGAUUUUACAGACGACGGUUCUAAUCCCGCAGAUAACGACUCGAACCUUGCUGACCCUCCUACUAGCGACGAUAGGGGAGACGGCGCGCUGUUUGACCCGACUCAGGAGACGCCAGGAGGCGCCGGAAAUAAAAGCGCACCUUCUGAUCCUACUGACGUAGGUGGCGAUUAUGACGAGCAACCGAAAUCGAGCGGGGGCAGCGGGAAAACUCCGAAGAAGCAAGCGCCGCAACAGGAACCCGCGGACGAGCAAAAGCCGCAACAAGACCCCGCGGAUGAUGAUCCUCCGCUCGCGCCUUACGCACCUUCCGCGCCUUCCGAACCUUCCGAACCUCCACCGCCAGGGACAAACCCCGAGUACGGCAGCAGCGGCGGCGGCGGCUACGGCGACGGCGGGCAGGGGGGAGGUUCUCCGCGCAAGCCGAGCACCGCGGCGCCCGGUUAUCCUCCGCCGUCCUCUUCGGAGGUCCAGCACGAGGGGGAGGGGGAGGAUGAGGAAGAGGAAGAGGAGGAGGAGUGCGAGUGCGAAAAGGUGGUGAUGGGUAACGCGUGCCCGCCGUCGACUCUCCAGGGUUAUAAUUACUCUGCGCAGCUCUACGACUCAAAGCUCAUUCUGCAUUGGAACGUGGAGGGCUGCACCGUGCACAUGGCGCUCGAGGCGACGCAAGACAGCUACGCGGGGUCGGGCUGGCUCGGUAUAGGCUGGUCCGAUAACGGCGAGAUGGCCCCCGCUGACGCCGUGAUUGGUAACACCCCGGGUGUAGCUGCGUACGAAAUGACUGGUUACCGGCGAACGCAGGUGUUUCCCACCAUGAACUUUUCGCUCGGGUUCGACAAGACUGUUGAGGCGGCGCCGGAUUGCUCUACCAUCGUCAAGUUUUCUCGGGAGAACGGCACUGGGUCGCAGUCGAUAUUCCACAUCGAGGGGAAGAGCUGGGUGGUGUGGGCGCACUCGCGCAACGCCAUGACCACACUCUCAUACCACGGCGCUGCCAUGGGCAUUGCAAUUGUGGACUACUCGUGCCACUACCCUCCACAGAUCAUCCGCGCGCCGCAGAGCAGAACGCCCAGGCCUUGCAGCAUCAACUGUAAAGACGACGACGAUGAUGACGAUGACGAUGACGAUGACGAUGAUGAUGAUCAUAGUAGCGGAGGAUGUGGGUGUGCAACGUGCGAAUGCGGAGUGUAUGAAGAGCAACACAGGGUGGCGAGGAGGGCACGCCGGUUCCUGUUCCACUGGCGCGAGCCGGGCGAGGCGGGAAUAGCGAUGAUGGCGGUGGAGGCGCGAGCUGGCUUUGGCGUAGCCAAGGGCUGGUUCGGCGUGGGAUGGUCGCGCGACGGGGAGAUGUUUCCCGCGGACGCGAUCGUGGGUAAUUUACCAGACGCAGAUGUGCGCAUGUACAGUAUCAGUGGAGAGGACCCGGCGCUCGUGGCGCCCAACGCGUCGAUCGCGCUGGGGUCGAAUGCGCGGAUGGUCGUGCGGGACGACGGCACGAAGAUUAUAAGGUUUGCGCGGCGCGGGACCGACGGGCUGGCGCCGGUGAAUAUGAAUGGGCGCAACACGAUGUUCUGGGCGUACUCCGCGGAUGGCGGGACCGAGCUGGCUUUCAAAGGGGAUAACGUCGGAAUGGCAACAGCGGACAUGUCCUGCAGGCGCGCGAAGGCGGAAGACCCGGCUGGCGGAGCUGUGCCCGCGCCAACCCCCAAGGCCUCCCCAGUUACCCCCGAGGCUUCCCCAGUCCUCCCCGUGGCUCCGCUUCCGCUUCCGCCCAAGCUGUCCCCUGGCACGGGAAUGGACGGAAGUGUCAAGAAGGAGUCGUCUACGGGGGGGUUGCCUGCGGCUGGCACUCCUAAACCCACUAUUCCCGCGGCCGGCACUCCUGCGGUCGGCACUCCCGCGGUCGGCACUCCCGCGAUCGGCACUCCCGCGGUCGGCACUCCCCCGGUCGGCGCUCCCGGGGCUGGCACUCCCGGGGUCGGGACUACCGUGGGCGGUGCUCCCGGGGUCGGCACUCCCGGGGUCGGCACUCCCGGGGUCGGCACUCCCGGGGUCGGCACUCCCGGGGUCGGCACUCCCGGGGUCGGCACUCCUGGGGUCGGCACUCCCGGGGUCGGCACUCCCGGGGUCGGCACUCCCGGGGUCGGCACUCCUGGGGUCGGCACUCCCGGGGUCGGCACUCCUGGGGUCGGCACUCCCGGGGGCGGUGCUCCUGGUGGCGGCACUUCCGAGGGCCGCAAACCCCAGGGUUGUCGCGAGUCCCCGAAGGCGGGUUACAAAUUUUACAUCAAACUGAAAGCCCAUUACCUCCUCCUGCACUGGAAUCCCCCCAAGCCUUCCGGAAAGGUGCAAAUGGCUGUGGAGGCGUGGCCAGGUCCGGCAAGCGCGGGGUGGUUCGCCGUGGGGUGGUCCGCAACGGGCGGAAUGGCGCAGGCGGACGCGGUCGUGGGGAACCUGCUGGGCGGAAUGGUGCGCGGAUACGCGCUCACGGGGCACUCCCCCGACGCGGUGGUGGGGAGCCGCGUGAUGAAGCUGGGGCAGAACAAGGCGCUGAGUGCCACCGCUGAGGGGAGCACGUUGAUGGAAUUCACCCGGAAUGCCACGGAUGGCACGGUGCCGUUGAACCUGACGGGCAAGAACAGGAUCAUCUGGGCCUUCUCAAGCGACGGCGCCCACAAGCUGGGCUACCACGGGUCACACAAGGGCACGGCCAUCAUGGACCUCUCGUGCGGCAGCGACCCUGUCGCCCCGCCCUCAGCUGCUGCUCCGGCCGAACCUCCCGUGCCACCUGUUACCAAGCCAGUUCCCAAGCCAGUCACCAAGCCGAUUAUCAAGCCUCCCGUCACCAAGCCUGUUACCAAGCCGAUCAUCAAGCCACCUGUUGCCAAGCCUGUUAUCAAGCCUCCUAUUGCCAAACCUCCUCUCCCCAAAACUAACGUCACCAAACCACCAGUUACCAAGCCUGUCAUCAAGCCCCCUGUUGCAAAGCCAGUCACCAAACCUCCCGUAACCAAGCCUGUUACCAAGCCUCCAGUUACCAAGCCGCCGGUGGUCCCCGCCCCAGAAGGUUCGGCAGGAGGUUCGGCCUGCCAAGCAUCUUCCCUUCCUGGAUACUCAUUCGUGGCACCUUUGGUGCGGAACAAGUUGGCGCUGCAUUGGGCGGUGGCGACCCCCACGCUCGUGCGCUUUGCGCUGGAGGCGCGGCCGGGGAGUGGCGCGGAGAAGGGGUGGGUGGCGGUGGGGUGGAGCGAGACAGGCAAGAUGUUCCCCUCGGAUGUCAUCAUUGGCAACACGGCAGAGAGUGGUGAGCGUGGGUUAGAGAGUGGUGAGCGUGGGUUAGAGAGUGGUGAGCGUGGGUUAGAGAGUGGUGAGCGUGGGGUAGAGAGUGGUGAGCGUGGGGUAGAGAGUGGCGGUGCCAUUAGCGCCUACACCAUCACAGGUCGCACCCUCGCUACAAUCUCGCCCACAUCCGCCUUCGCUAUUGGCGCCCCCACUAUAGUCACACUCGCGCCAUCGGCCAAUGGCGCGCCGGCAGGUGGCGGGAUUGGAGUGGCCGAAGCUCCAUUAGCCAGUGGGAGCACGAUUCUGCGCUUUGCCCGGACCACCAUUGAUGGGCUUGCGCCUGUAACGCUGUCAGGUGGUAACCGCAUCAUCUGGGCUUUCUCGGCUGAUGAGACACAGACUCUAGCCGGUCACGGCCCUCUUAACAGGGGUCCCGCUCUGGUCAAUCUCAACUGCACGCCUGCCAGCACACCCGGCUCUGCCCCUCUGCCGGGCUCUGCCGUGGUCUAUUUCAACUGCUCCCCUGCCAACUCCCAUGGCUCCGCCCCUCUGCCGCCUGCUCUGGACGCCCCAGCAUCGUCCGCAGCACCCUUCAUCCUGCAUUGGAAGGCGCUCAGCAAGACAACUGUAGCCAUAGCAGCAGAGGCAGCAACGACGGGGUACCUCUCCCUGGGCUGGUCGCGGGAGGGUCGUAUGGCGCCCUCAGACGUGGCCAUUGGCAACCUGCCGUUCGGUGCCAUCGCCAACGGGGCUGCGGUGGGCGCGUUUUACAUCGGCGGGUACGAGGAGAGCGAGGUGGUGCCUUCGGGGGAUUUCACGCUCGCGAAUACGUCGGUGGAAACCAGCAAUGGAAGAACCAUCAUGAAGUUUGAGCGCUCCACAACGGACGGCACGGCGCCAAUCAAUGCAGAGGGCAGCACCACAGUCAUCUGGUCCUUCUCUGAGCAGCCAUCUCUCAGCUUCCACGGCUCCAACUGUGGUUCGGCCUCAGUUGCAUUCAUCAACGGCACGUCCGCCCCAGUGACCAGCAGCAACAGCAAUAAGAAGGCAGUGCUCUUGGCACACGGCAUCAUGCUUGCACUCGCCUACGCGCUGCUCAUGCCCCUGGGAGUGCUGCUCGCGCGCCUCUUCCUCUACGACCGCCCCACUCUGCCCUCGGAUGAAGACAAGGAGAUGCACACCAACAGGGGCCUCUGGUUCCUCUGCCAUAAGUACAUUCAAAUCUGUGCUGUAAUCCUGGUGCUAGUGGCGGCCAUAAUGGUGUUCAUAGUGUCAGGUUCCCAGGGCCUGGAGUGGACACAUGGCAAGCUGGGAGUGGUGGCGCUCGCCCUCACAUUCGUGCAGCCCUUCUUGGGCUUCUUCCGCCCCGACAAGGGCACGUCCAACCGCCCCGCGUGGCUGACCUUCCACUGGGCGAUGGGCAUCGCGGCGAUUGCCAUGGGCUGCGCCAAUGUGUUCCUUGGGAUUGACGUGUACGGGCAGCUCUAUGGCGGCAACCAGGAUGAAACAGCGGAGCCGGCACUGCUGCAGGGGGAACCGGCGCCCCUGCAGGGGGAAGCGGCGGAGGAGGCGCUGCUGCUGAGGGGAGCGGCGGAGGUGGCGCUGCUGCUGAUGGGAGCGGCGCAGAUGCUGCUGCAGCAGGGGGAAGCGGCGGAGGUGGCGCUGCUGCAGGGGGAAACGGCGGAGGUGGCGCUGGGGUGGGAAUCACGAGCGAGGCAGGCAUCAGAAACAAUGAAAAAUCUGGAGCGGCACCUGAACCUUCGCGUGGACCAUCAGGUGAACCCUCAUGUGCACCUGAAGCAGCACCUGAACGCACUGUUGCACUCACGCCUGCACAUGCAGCCUCAGGUGCUGUCGCAGGUGCCCCCUCAGGUGCUCCCUCAGGUGCCGCCCUGCCCAGCAGCGCAUGUGGAGCAGCCCGUGCAGCCCCAACGGCCCUCCACGUGUCCAGGGAGCCAAGCACCCAGAGAGGCAGGGUGGGGCAAUCUCUGUCCGGGCACGGGCAAUUGCCGUCAGGCAAAGGGAGAGUUGGGUCCCCCUCAAGAGGGGAGGGGGGUCAACUGGGAAGGAUGGGGAGAGGAGGAGGAGGAGGAGGAGGAGGAGGGGGAGGAGGAGGAGGAGGAGGAGGAGGAGGAGGAGGAGGAGGAGGAGGAGGAGGAGGAGGAGGAGGAGGAGGAGGAGGAGGAGGAGGGGGAGGAGGAGGGGGAGCAGGUGGGAGCGGAGUCGAAGGGAGUGUGGGCGUGGGAGCAGGGAGGAGGAAGGCUGAAGAGGGUGGCUGUGCAGCAGUGGUGGAUGGGCAGGUGUAACUGCCAGUGGCAGCGGGGAGGGUGCCAGCUCAGGCUACACCAUCAGCAACACUAUCAACAAUUCCACAACCCACAAUCUCAGCAACACACAUCUGCCAUUCUCACAGUGCUGCAGCGCGUACAGCCCUCAGAGCUACCCGCUCUCCUCGCAUCGCUCUCACCGCCUGUGCUCUGCGCUGUAGCUGCUGCCACGUCAGCUGCUGCUACAGCUCCUCCUGCUGCCACGCGCGACCCCAUUGGCCGGCACUUCUUCGAGUGUGAGUAUAAGGGGUGUGACGCUAAGAGGAUGGUGGAGCGGUGCCCCCAGCAGCCAGAGGACGGCAGUGGGCGGCUGUGGAGUCUGCGAGACAAGAGGAUGGUGGGGCGCUGUCUGCAGCAGCCUGGCGAUGGCGGUGGGCGGGUGAAUCUGCUCUUCACGUACCUGGGGCUGCACAGGCAUGGUGCUGAGGAUUGUCAAGAUUCUAACGAGCGGUUAACGGCGAUUAAGCGCUUAAACGCCAGCCGUGGCGACUCGCAUCAUGCGCCACGCGUGCCUCUCUCCUCCGCAUCUCCCGGCGGGAUUUCCGCGCGGCUGUCAGAAUCCGGCCUGCAGUCGUUCCGAGAUGUGCUUGUAAAGGAAGUGCUUGAAGAGAUAAUCCCGCUUACCAUACCUGACCUCCAGCUUCAGAAGGACCUUCCCAAGCCUCUCGGCUCGUUACAAGUGAACUUAACGGAUAUGAUUCUAUGGAGCGCGACGGUCGACGACGCGAGUAUCGACCUAGGGAUUGGCGACGAAGGCGGCGAAAUCACCGUUUUUUCCGGUAGAAUCACCGCGAACGUCAGUCUGACGUGGAGUUACUCAAUGGCGGGCGGGUAUGUGCGCGACUCGGGGAACGCGAGCGUGCAGAUCACGGGAAUGCAGGCGGGAAUCGCGGCGCAGCUUCAGGAGCGGUUCGGCGGGCUGUGGGUGUCGCUGCUGCAGCGCGGUGCGGCGAUUGACUCAAUCGAGAUUCAGCUCACUGGGAGUAUCUCCUGGCUGUACACCGUCCUGGUGGAUUUAUUACCCAACCACCUGCAGGCGGCAAUGGAAGCGGCCAUCACAAGCAGCCUUGACACCGUGGUCGCCACCGCCAACGCUGCUCUGCAGGCCCUCCCACGCAUCGUGCCCAUCGAUUCCACUGCUGCUCUUGACGCCACUCUGCCUGCUGAUCCUGAGAUCGACGGCCAGGGCAUCUCGCUCGCCUGCCACGGCCGCUUCCUGCCGUCGGAUCGCAGCAUCUCAUCCCACCGUGCUGCCGCUGCUUCUGCCGCUGCUGACGUCAGCACACAGAGUAGUGUUGGUGGUGGUGGGCUGAGCAUCGACCGUGGUGCUGACAUCAGCAGCUACCAAGGCGUGAGGGCGUUGGGGGAGAUGGGGGCGGUUGGCAGUGCCGGUGGGGAGGUGGAAAGGGCGCGAGAUGAAGCUGAGGGGGAGGCGAGUAUAGGGGGAGGCAAAGGGGAGAAGGAACCUGGGAGAGUGAUGGGUAGUGGGCGCGGAAGAGGGAGUGAGGGAGGGAGUGUGGCGGAGGAUACAAAGUGUGUGGGGGAGGGCGAUGAGUGUGCGGAUUCAGGGCAGAUGGUGGCGCUAUCUCUGUCUCAGCACCUCGUUACUUCGGCCAGCCAAGUGUAUUACGAGGCUGGUGCGCUCUCCUACACCGUAAACCACCUCCCAGACUCCUUCCCCUGGAAGCUUCUCAACACCAAGGGGUGGCGCUGGAUCCUUCCCAAAAUGUUCCACGAAUACCCCGACGCCGACCUGGUCUUCCGAGUCAACGCCAGUCAGCAGCCCAACGCCACGCUGACACCUGGCGGGAUCGGAUUGGAGGUCGACGCGCUGCUUACGGUAACCGUGUUACCAGGGGAGACAUGGAAUCAGACCGAUGUGAUUGGAGUGAAAAUGGUUGCUGUGUGCGCAGCAACGGCUGCUGUGGAUGGCAGCAAUAUCACCGCUUCAGUGCAACUCGUCAAGUUUCAAGCGCAGGAGGAGUGGAGUUUGGUCGGCAAUAUCCCCACUCAUAUACUCCAGGCUAUAGUGUCUGCUCUCUCUCGCUCCGUCCUCAUCCCUCUGCUGAAUCACCGCCUGCGAUCCGGCUUCCCGCUGCCGUUCCCUACUGGCGUCGCCCUUGCGAAUUCCUCCGUUCAUUACUGUCACAACCGCCUGCUUGUGUGCUCUGAUAUUGUCUACACUGGGGGACUGUUUAGGGUUAGUGGUGGGUUAUGA